GUCGCGGAGGUGGCUGGACCGACUCGGAACCUGGAGACCCGAGCGGGCAGACGCUCACCGUAAAGAUGCAUUUCAUCUUCUCAGAUAAGGCGGUGCUCCUGUUUGAUUUCUGGAGCGUCCACAGUCCUGCAGGCAUGGCCCUUUCGGUGCUGGUGAUCCUGCUCCUGGCUGUGUUGUACGAAAGCAUCAAGUUUGGCAAAGUCUGGCUGCUCUACCGGGCUCUGGUGAACAUGUCCCCCUCCCGCAGCGAGUUUGAGGCAACACACCAGGAUUCUUCAAGCUCAGAGUCACCCCCAGUCAGCAGACCCCGCCUCAGGUGGUUUUUGUCUCAGUUUGGCCAGUCUCUAAUCCAUGUUGUGCAGGUGGUCAUUGGCUACUUCAUAAUGCUGGCUGUUAUGUCCUACAACGCCUGGAUUUUCCUUGGUGUGGUCCUGGGCGCGGCCAUGGGCUACUACCUAACCUACCCACUUCUCAGCAUAAAUUAGCUGGCAAGGACUGUGCAGGCACUGAGCGCUGGAGAAAGCAGGGCCCCCCCUUCCAGUCAUUGCACUUCCAGGCCCAAGUCUCCUUUUUCUUCGGAUGGAUGCUCCUCGCCUCAGUCCCAGCUCCUAGAAAUUUUCAGCUGAAGCCAGCCCUUGCUCCCUGGAGUUCAGAGGCCACUGCAGCGACGUCUCCUCAGACAGCCCAGGGCCAGUCUUGUGACUUAGAAGGCUGCUGUGACUAGUGGGAGAAUGGAGAGAACAGAACCCAGAGGCAGGCUUGCUCCGCUUAUGACUUAGCUGUGACUCAAAACUAGGAAUUUCCAAAGAUCUCCAAGACAGGGAGAUGGGUUCCGCUGAAGGGCUCGGAACCUGGACCCCCUGUGCUCUUCUGAUUUGUGCCUUACCUCAAGGAGCAUCUUCCAUUGGACUUCCUGAUCUCAUCUGUCUUUGUGGGGGAGAGACCAAGCUGGCUCCUUUCUCUCGUCCUCUGCCUUUGGAACAUGUGAAGAUUGUCUCUUCUAUGGAUCAUGCUGACAAACUAAGAUUUUUCACUUUUCCCCCACCGAACUCCUGGUUGGCUAUUUUGCACAUUGACACAAAAACAAAAAUUUUAAUUAAACUAUUUCAUUUUAUUCAUGAUGGAUGGCAUUUGCUGGGACUGGUUUCCUUUUCUUGGGGGAAGAGUGAGUGGCAGUAGAGUGAAGGCAGAGAAGCAGGACUAUCACCGAGACUCCCGUGGAUGGAGAGCGCCCUUCCCGGCAGCCUGCACUGCCUGCAGGAGGAGGAGUCCAGGCUUCAGGUGUGUGGGAGCUCUCCUGGCCUUAAUGUCCCUUUUAUCCUGGUCCUUCUUUUAUGCAGAACAGAGACCUGAACUGAAUGGUACUUAAUUUUUUAAUUUAUUACUUGCUGUUCAUCCGUAACAACGAUUCAUUCACUUAAAAUACAGGGAAAGCCGUGACGGGGAGGCAGGGGAUGACUGAAGAAGCAACAGGCAGUCAAACCAAAACAUUACAUUUGUAGAGAGAGAGGGGACUCUCCAGAUAUUUGAACCUUUUCACUUCACAGGAAAGGAAACAAAAGACCCAGGGAGGAAGAAACCACUGCUGUGUACUGUAACAUCUACACUCAAGUACCUCAUAGGCUAGAUGAAAGAUGGUCUUACGCUUUUGGAAUUGAAAAGGAAAUACAUUUUAAUAAAUAUGUAUUUUUAAAUAGUGUGUGACCCGUCUUCCGUUUCUUCCCAAACAGCAAGCACACGUAACACAGCAACUGCAGGAGCUGCAUGGGUGAGC